ACAUCAUUCCUUCAUGGGUCGUUGUUGUAUUUUUUAUGCGGACGGGCAGCAGCAGCGACAGAGCUCGAGUUUAAACACCGCGUGCGUUUUUAUUUCACAGCAGUUAUAUAAUGCACGAGACAAAUCGCGUUUAUUUGCGCAUUAAUGGAGGUGUGUCAGAGAUCACGUGACCUUUAAAGGCCGUCGCUAUAAAUCGGCUUAUAGUGCGCACGCACACACGCACAUACACGCACGCACGCACGCACAUACACGCACACACAGCGGGGAUCAAAAUCUGGACUACCAUGACAGAUCAGGCAUUUGUCACACUUGCUACAAAUGACAGCUAUGCUAAAGGAGCGAUGGUGCUCGGUGUGUGUUUGAGGAACCACAAAACAUCUCGUAAUCUUGCCGUACUGAUCGGAGAUGAUGUUUCGCAACCCUGCAGGUCAGUCCUCAGUCAGAUCUUUGAUGAGGUGUGUGAGGUGAGUGUGUUGGAUAGCGGAGAUGCGGCUCGCUUGGCGAUGAUGAAGAGACCCGAGCUCGGCGUCACCUUCACUAAACUGCACUGCUGGAGCCUCACACACUAUUCAAAGUGUGUGUUCAUGGACGCAGAUACACUGGUUCUGUGUAACAUCGACGAGCUGUUCGAGCGUGAGGAGCUCUCGGCCGCGCCCGACCCCGGCUGGCCCGACUGCUUUAACACCGGCGUGUUUGUGUUUCAGCCAUCGAAGGAAACGUACACCAGGUUACUGAUCGCCUGCACGGAACACGGCAGCUUCGACGGUGGGGAUCAGGGUGUGUUAAACAGUUAUUUCAGUGACUGGGCUACAGCUGAUAUCGCUAAACACCUUCCUUUCAUCUAUAACCUGAGCAGUGUGUCCAUCUACACCUACCUCCCAGCGUUCAGACAUUUUGGCCACAAUGCUAAGGUGAUCCACUUCCUGGGUGAGAGGAAGCCGUGGGAUUAUGAGCAUGAUGAUGAUGGUGAUGGUGAGGAUGAAGAGUGCAGCAGUGAGUCAGAGCAGUGCCGUUCUUCCUCUCUGGAUCCUGAUUACUUUCAGCAGUGGUGGAGUGUGUUUAAGUCGUCAGUGCUGCCGUUACUCUUGGAGGAGCACACACACCCGCUCUCGGAUACACCCAGCGUGGAGGAGAGUGUGUACGUCGAGGCAGCGCGGGUGGAGGAGUGUGUUCAUCCGCCGGCUCCUCAAACCUCCUCGCAGGACAGAAAGCAGAAGUGGGAGCAGGGAGAUGCGGAUUAUCUCGGAGAGGACUCGUUCACACACAUCGAGAGGAAACUCGACUUCUUCCUCAAGUGAACAACACACACACACACACACGUUUAGUUUUAUACCUCAUGUGAACAACACACACACACACACACACUCACACACACACAUUUAGUUUUAUACUCCAUCAUGACAUGAAACUACUCCUUGUGUGAACAGCACACACACACACACGUUUAGUUUUAUACUCCAUCAUGUCAUGUAACUACUCCUUGUGAGAACAACACACGACACACACACACACACUCACACACACACGUUUAGUUUUAUACCUCAUGUGAACAACACAAACACACACACACACACACACGUUUAGUUUUAUACUCCAUCAUGUCAUGUAACUACUCCUUGUGUGAACAACACACGACACACAUACACACACACACACUCACACACACGUUUAGUUUUAUACUCCAUUAUGACAUGAAACUACUCCUUGUGUGAACAGCACACACACACACACACACACAACACACACGUUUAGUUUUAUACUCCAUCAUGACAUGAAACUACUCCUUGUGUAAACAACACACACACACACACAACACACACGUUUAGUUUUAUACUCCAUUAUGACAUGAAACUACUCCUUGUGUGAACAACACACACACACACACACACACACACCUGAUGUGUAUAAUCUCACUGUGUGAAAGUGUUGUUUUAUUUCUGUGAGUUUUGUGCUUGUGAUGAUGUAAUGUAUUUAUGACUGUUUUUAAUUUCUGAAUUAUAUCAUCUCACACACACACACACACACACACACACACACUAAAGGGAUUAUAUUUGUUUAAAAAGUAGGGAUGCAUUGAUAUUGACACGCCGAAAAACUACUCCAAGACCAGCAUCCGCUCCCAGGUGAUGCUACGUAGUCCUCGCGCUAACGAACAGACGACAGGAAAUGACAGCGAUCUGGACGUAAUUUCACGAUUAAUCAUCAGACUGCGAACUGAAAAUAUCAAGAGGAGGAGCUACAGCGUCUUCCUACAUUGAAUACGAGUGAUAAAACAUCUUAAACAUUAAACUCAGCACGAGGAGUUCAUCGCUAGACGAGAAAAAAAAAACCGUCUCCAGACGACAUUGAGUGAAAAUAUCGUAUCUUACCUUAUGUUCCAGUGUGUUGUUCUUGACGAUCAUUCGCUAUCGUCAUGACAACGAGGGACUCCUAUGCAAUGAAAACAAAAACGUACUUUACUUAUAGCUGUACAUAAAUGCUUUAAUGACGUAAAAAAAAAACUGCUCUUCUCCACUGCGAACUAAUUAACGUAGCUAGCUAAUCAACUCGCUAAUGUUAAGAACUCGAGUCUCGUAGCCUGAGCACGUGUGUGCAAUCUUCGUAAACUGGCAAAAUAUACAACUAUAUACGAUGUUACUUGAUGUGUCUGACUGAUUAAUACUAAGUACGUUACUCAUUUCUGUAUCGGUAUCAGUAUCGACGAGUACUAAAAUACUAAAUACUAAAAAAAAUUGGUAUCGGUGCAUCCCUAGCUAGUCAAAAGUAUUGAAUGUAAUUUUUUUUUAAUGGAAAAAUUACCUCAAAAGCCGAACAUGGGUCUCAGUCUUCCACGUAAAGAGUAGCCUUGGGUUACAGUUUUUCUCUCUGAUCAGAAAUCAUCUUUCGCUUCUUCAGCUAAAGUGUUCGGUUACGAUACUCGCAAGUGGGCGGGGCUUAAAGAGCUUGGUCUCUAUUGGCUAGGUGUGAUGGAUGAGUGUAUGAACAGAUGUAUGAUAAUGAAAAGAGACAAACAAUGCACUGAUGCUAAAGGACAUUUUCUGCAUUUAUCUGCCCCAUCAUGCACUACAGAACAAAAGGGGCGGGGCUUAAAGCAGAUAGCUACCGAUGCCAACAUGGCUGCUGAUGGCGACUUCUGUCUCUGUCUUCAAACUGUAACUCUUUAAUGAGCUGUAAAAUGAAAAACAGAUGCAGCACUGUUAGCAAACACUGUUGGGUAAAUUAGCAUGCUAGCAAGUCCAACACUGUUGUUUAUAUUAGACUUAGCACUUAUUUUUUCAUGUACAAACCAACGCUGCCUUCACGUGCUUUUAAUCAUCCCUUCAAGUCAUAACUACUGUGAGCUUCAGAACAAAUGAUUGACUUUUACCCUUUUGUCAUAGUGGAGGAAAAGACUAGCUAGAUGUAGUUCCUCUGAAGUUUAGCUAUUAUGGUUUUUAAGUAUAAUUUUCCUCACAACUCAUGAACUUUUGUUCUGGAGCUGAAGCCAAAUAACUUCAAAUAACUAGACAGCUAGCUUGCAACUAAAACUCCAUAAAUAAUUUAGUAAAUAAAGUGGAAAGCUUAGAUAAAUCUACACUGUAAUGUGGAUGGGAUCCUGAAUCCUGGGGUCCAGAGCAGGUCCACUCCUGUUAGCAUUAUUCUAUUAGCAAAAUUAGCAUAUUAAAAUCAUUUAAAAGGCCUUUAAUGAAUGAUGGUUGCAUAAUAUCUCUGUACUGUUACUGUGAGAAGAAACUGUAUGUGAAAUAAAGAAUUAGCAAAAGUU